AUGUCGUUGACUGAGUCUUCUCCAGCCGAGAUAGCAAAGCUCGCUUCUGCGGGUGCCAGGCAGUUGGCUAUCCUGUCGUCCGAUGCCAGGAACAAGGCCCUUGUGGCCAUACAUGAUGCGCUCAAGCAGAACAAAGAUGUCAUUCUUCAGGCCAAUGCCAGGGAUGUCGAAGCCGCUACAAAUGCAGUUGAAAAAGGUGACCUCAGCUCAAGCAUUCUGAAGAGACUUGACCUGGCUCGGCCUGGGAAGUAUGAUGAUAUGCUCAAGGGCAUUCUCGAUGUCAAGAAUCUAGAAGAUCCAAUUGGGAAUAUCUCGUUACGAACAAAGCUAGAUGAUGGCCUGAUCCUUGAACGGGUCAGCUGUCCAAUCGGUGUUUUGCUGAUAAUCUUCGAGGCUCGCCCCGAAGUCAUUGCCAACAUUGCGGCUCUCUCCAUCAAAUCUGGAAACGCUGCUAUAUUAAAGGAGAUAUCUAGAGUAAUAGCGGAAGCUGCGGCUACGACAGAAGUGCCAAAGGCCGCCGUCCAGUUAGUCAAAACACGAGAUGCAAUUCUCCCACUUUUGGCACUGGAUGACCAUAUUGAUUUGGUGAUCCCACGAGGCUCAAACGACUUGGUGAAGUUUGUGAAAACGAAUACAAAGAUCCCUGUCCUUGGCCAUGCGGACGGGAGAUGUGCUAUCUACCUUCACUCGGAUGCCGAUGUUAACAUGGCUGAGCGGGUUAUACUUGAUUCAAAACUGCACUACCCUGCCGCUUGCAAUGCUGCAGAGACACUUCUGGUUGAUGAAAGAGCGCUAUCCACUAUCUUCCCUAGGGUAGCUGCAGCAUUAACUGCCAAGGGAGUCACUAUGAAGUGUGACCCAAAGUCCAAGGCUGCACUCCAAGAUAAACUGGAUUCAAACCAGCUUGCGUUGCUCAUAGAUGCAACUGAGGAAGACUACAACACAGAGUUCCUCGAAGCAAUCAUAGCUGUGAAAACUGUUGAGGGAACAAGUGACCAGUCAUAUGUAGAUGCAGCAAUCUCACACAUUGGGGGGCACUCGUCAAAGCAUACAGAUGUGAUAUUGACGUCUACGAGGGAGCUUGCUGAGCGCUUCUUGAGUGCGGUUGAUAGUGCAGGCGUCUACUGGAAUGCUAGUUCUAGGAUGGCAGAUGGAAUGAGGUAUGGCUUUGGCACAGAGGUUGGAAUCAGUACCAACAAGAUUCACUCAAGAGGUCCUGUCGGAUUGGAAGGCUUGACGAUAUACAAAUAUCUGAUCCGGGGGGAAGGCCAUAUUGCGGGUGACUACUUCCAGGGCGAAGGUGGUAGGACCUGGAAACAUGAAAAGAUGGACAUUUGA